UACACCCUUCACAUGAUGGCAUUGUGGAAAUUUUCUGAAAGAACAUGGGCGUUUAGGUUACCAAACUUUCAAUAUAAGGGUUCUCAAGCAAUUGCUCCCAACAAAUGCCUGGUCUUCCUUCCUCUCACUCAAUUCUUUCAUUGUGAUUCUCAACCGUUAAUCACAAAAGAGAAGAUGAUAGGUCAUCAGCUGGAUAAGUUGGUGGGGACUCUGAAGUCGAAAUUGAGGGUGUUUAAGAUGAAGAAACCUUACAAUAAGAUCGACAAGAGCGAUAGCAUGAGGAUGGAGAUAAGGAGUAGGAAAGCUCGAAAGAUUAUAGAAGAGACUCUCAAGAUUGCAGAUUCACCAGGCCACAAAAGUUAUGCCUUCUGAGUCUGUAAUUUUUUUCUUAAUUUUUUUAAAAAAAUCAAUAUAUGUUAUAAGAGAUGCAAAUAUAAAAUUUUCCUAGUAAAUAUCAAAAGCAUUUCGCAUC